AUGCCGGCGGGUGAAAAAGGAGGUGAGAAGAAGGGAGACGGUAAGAAAGGAGACGGUGGUGGUGGUGAUAAGGUGAAGUCCUCCGGUGGUGGGGGAGGAGGAGGUGAAGUUCAUCAUUAUGAUGAUGGGCCUAAAAAGGGAGGAGGCAAGUCGAAAGGAGGAGCCCAUGAUAUCGAUGAGCUCAUGAAACAAAUCAAAGCAGGUGGAGGAGGUAACAAAGGCAAUCAUAAUCUCAGUGCCAAGGGGAUGGGUGGCCCAAUGGGUAUGAUGGGUCCAAUGGGACACCAAGGCGGCGGUGCUUUCCCUGCGGUUCAAGGCUUACCGAUGAGUGGAGGCGGAGGAUAUUAUCCACCACCGCCUCAGGCAAUGAACCAACAACAGUAUAUGCAAAUGAUGAUGCAACAACAACAGAAACAACAAGCUGCAGCUUAUGGAGGAUAUGGUGGUGGUCAUGGUGGAGACAUGUACCAUCCGAUGAUGUAUGCUCGGCCUUAUCCGGCAGUGAAUUAUGCUCAUCCACCGCCAAUGCCACCUCCACACUCGGGUCCUUAUACUGAUAUGUUCAGCGAUGAGAAUCCUGCUGGUUGUAGUAUCAUGUGA